UGACGGUUUCCGGUGGGGCCUAGCUCUGAUUGGGCGGCGGGGGCACCACUUCCGGCGCUGCUUGGCUGGGGACUUCGGCGGCGGUCGGUGAAGCGCAGGCCGGGAGCAUGGCGGGGCGCAGAGCUGCCAUCAAGGCUAUCGACUGGGCGGCCUUCGCUGAGAGGGUGCCCCCGAACCAGAGGACGAUGUUCAAUGCCCUGAAGACCCGCAGCGAUGCGCUGUCAGCCCGGAUGGCCGCUCUGCCGGAGAAGCCCCCGACCAUCGACUGGGCUCACUACAAGGCAAUUGUGGCCAAAGCUGGCAUGGUGGAUGAGUUCCAGAAGAAGUUCAGUGCGCUGAAGGUUCCUGAGCCGGUGGAUACACAAACCGCCAAAAUUGACGCCCAGGAGCGGGAAGCUGCAAAGAGCACUGCUGAAUACGUGCAGGCUUCCAAAGCUCGUAUUGCCCAGUACGAGCAACAACUUCAGAAGCUCAGAAGCAUGAUUCCCUUUGAACAGAUGACAUUUGAAGACUUGCACGAAGCCUUCCCUGAAACCAGGCUGGACAAGGAGAAAUACCCAUACUGGCCCCACAGGCCGAUUGCUGACCUGUAAACUGGUCUGGAAGCAGUUUGUCUGACGACUGUCAGACUCUGUGAUCUUCUAAAUAAAGCGUUUUUCCCUCCUG